UGGUGCCUCAGACCCGAGAGAGGUGAGCUUUGCUGUCAAAACAGGAGCUGUUCAGCGAGCUGUUGGUGCUGAAGUUAGAAUUUGGACCGACGUUUUGCCUGUAGGAAGCUUUUGUUAUCUUAAAAGGAAUUAACAACCCGAUUUACUUCACUCACAGUCACACCGUUUCUAUCAGAUGCAAAAGACUGGAUUGGAUCAAUCUCACAUUGAUAGAUUGCUGCUUUAAAACUGUUUUGUUGGAAUACUUUGUGACAGGACUAUCAGGAAAUACCAAUGAGGACACUUAAAUGGUGGUCAGCAAUUGUAUUGCUUGGAGUUGCCUUACUGGUUAUAGAGGGAAGGCCAAGCAAGGAUGGAUUUGACCCGAAACCCUAUCAGCCUCUAGUGAGAUUGCGACACAAGCAAGAUGAAAGUGCAGAAAAAUUACGGAUUAAAGGGUACUUUGGUCAGGAUGGCCAAUUUGGAGGCUGUGAGAAUAAGUACUGCGGUUUGGGGCGGCACUGCAUUGUUAACAGGGAGACUGGACUGGGAGAGUGUGCCUGCAUGGAACGCUGCAAACCUCAUUAUAAACCAGUCUGUGGUUCAGAUGGGGAACUCUAUGAAAACCAUUGCGAGCUUCAUCGCGCUGCCUGUCUAAAGAAGCAAAAGAUCACUAUUAUUCACAGCGAAGACUGCUUCUACAAAGGUGACAAAUGCAGGAUAACUGACUAUGGCAAACUAAAAAAUAAGAUGCUUGAUCUGCAGAACCAGAAGUAUGUCAGACAAGAAAAUGUGGGGGAAAAUGAAGACAAAAUGUCCCUGAAGAAAGUGCUGGUAGACCUGAUGUUCAAAUACUUUGACUCGGACAACAGUGGUCUUGUUGACAGCAACGAACUGUCACAGGUAAUAAAACAAGAAGGACUGGCUAAGGAUCUCUCGGAGUGCACUUUGUUUGAUCUGUUGAAAUAUGAUGAUUACAAUGGUGAUAAGCAUUUGUCAAAGGAGGAGUUCUACAAGGCAUUUGAAGUGCUUCAGCUGAGUCUGCAGGAAGACCAGAAAAUGAUCAUCACCACAGCAACAGUUGGACAGAGUGUGGUCCUGACAUGUGCCAUUCAGGGAACUCAGAGGCCCCCAAUCUUAUGGAAGCGCAACAACGUGGAGCUAAGUACCUUGGAUCUAGAAGAUAUAAAUGAUUUUGGAGAUGAUGGGUCGCUGUAUAUUACCAAGGUUACCACAACCCACAUGGGUAACUACAGCUGUCAUGCAGAUGGCUAUGAUAAGCUGUAUCAGACUCAUGUUCUCCAAGUGAAUGUUCCACCUGUCAUCCAGGUGUACCCAGAAAGCCAAGCCAGAGAGCCAGGUGUAACUGCUAGCCUCAGGUGCCAUGCAGAAGGCAUCCCUAACCCUCAACUUGCCUGGUUAAAGAAUGGCAUUGAUAUAACACCACAACUAUCAAAACAACUAACUUUACAGGCAAAUGGAACUGAAGUACACAUAAGCAAUGUGCGUUAUGAAGACACAGGAGCAUAUACAUGUAUUGCAAAGAAUCAAGCUGGAGUGGAUGAAGACAUCUCAUCCCUAUUUGUUGAGGAUUCGGCCAGAAAAACACUUGCAAACAUACUGUGGCGAGAAGAAGGUCUAGGGGUUGGAAAUAUGUUUUAUGCAUUCUAUGAGGAUGGGAUUAAGGUCAUCCAGCCUGUGGAAUGUGAAAUUCAGAGACAUAUAAAGCCAAGUGAAAAACUACUGGGACUCCAGGAUGAAGUUUGCCCAAAACUGGAGAGUGAUGCCACUCAGAGAUGUGCCUGGGCCUCUUCUGUGAACGUCAAAGACAAAUACAUUUAUGUCACACAGCCAUAUUUGGACAGAGUGCUUCUUAUUGAUGUCCAAUCACAAAAAGCUGUGCAGUCAGUGAGUACUGAUCCGGUUCCAGUGAAACUUCACUAUGACAAAUCUCACGAUCAGGUCUGGGUUCUCAGUUGGGGAGAUAUGGGGAAGACCACACCAACACUGCAGGUGAUAAACCAGGCCAGUGGGAGUGCGUCCCACCACACCAUCCAUACCCAGCCAGUUGGCAAGCAGUUUGACAAGGUGGAUGAUUUUUUUAUUCCAGCCACAACCCUCAUCAUUAAUCACAUCAGGUUUGGAUUCAUUCUUCAUAAAGAUGAACCUGCCCUUCAUAAAAUUGACCUUGAGACCACAUCCUAUGUGAAGAAGAUUAGCCUGAAAGACUAUGACUGUGUACCAAAGUCCCUGGCAUACACCCACUUGGGGGGAUACUAUUUUAUCAACUGCAGGCCCGACUCAACCAAUGCUAUGAAACCUCAGCUCAUAGUUGACAGCGUUACUGACUCUGUGAUUGGCUACAACAGUGAUGUUACUGGCACCCCCUAUAUGUCUCCUGAUGGACACUUCCUUGUCAGCAUUGAUGACGAGAAGGGUCUCAUGAGGGUCCAGUCCAUUACAAUUCGAGGGGAGAUCCAGGAAGCAUUUGACAUCCACACUAAUUUGCACAUCUCAGAUGUCGCUUUCCAGCCUUCCUUCAUUGAGGCCCAUCAGUACAAUGUGUUUGCCAGUUCAGGGUUACAGACGGAUGUGCUGUAUGUGGAGUUAGCCUCUGGUAAAGUAAAGAUGGUGAAGAGCCUGAAGGAGCCCAUGAAAGGGGUGGAGUGGCCCUGGAAUAGUAAAAACCGCAUGAUCAUGGACAGUGGUCUAUUUGGUCAGUACUUGAUGACACCUUCAAGGGAAUCUUUGUUCAUCCUGGAUGGUCGGCUAAAUAAGUUAAACUGUGAGAUCACUGAUGUCUUUAAGGGAAACACAGUUAUGUGGGUUGGGGAAGCAUAGAAAAUUCCUGUAGUUUGUGAUUAACAGUACACAGUUUUCCAUUUUAACAGCCCGUAAUAUAUAUAUAUAUAUAUAUAUAUAUAUAUAUAUAAUGAACUACAUAUACAAUCUGUUUUGCUGUACUAAAAUUGGAUUUGGAGCCCACAUUAAAAAAAAAAAAAAGUAAUUCGGAAGACAAAAUUAGGCGCCUAUUAUUUUCAAGUAGAGGGCUCUAAAAAAUGUGAGAGCGAGCAAUUCUGUAGCAACUCAAAGAUGAACUGCCUGAAAAUACAAAGAGAAAUAAUUUAUCUAUAGCUGCAGGGAGUGUUGAACUGCCAUAAUACAAUCAAUUUGUGGCUUGUAUAUCCAAUUGAUUUUUCUUUUGGUUAGAUAUGGGGGUUAGUUGUACGGUCCUUUACUGAUGAGAGAAUUUAAACAUCAAAGUCCUGUCCUGUCCACUGUUUGAUCUUGUUGUUGUGCCUUCAAGGAAUACACUUACAAGAGGUGGAACAAAAUAAUAUAAUUAUUCCCAUUGUGGCUACAGAUUGCUUGUCACAAGGUGAGAAAUGUUUCAGAGCUUCACUGUAUACUAUCCAUCAUGCUGAAAGAGGGUCUAAAUUGUUUAAGAUACAAGAUUGAAGGAAAAAUCCUUUCAUAAAUUAAUGACAUACCUACUGAGUCAAGUAUUUCAGAGCUGUAACUAGGCAUUUUAGCGCCCGGGGCAGGCAAUCAUAUUUGCGCCCCCCCACCACCAACCUCCCCCCGCCCCCCGUUUUUUUUUCUUAUGGGUGUCAAAAGUCGGGAUGGUGUAUUUGCUCACGUUUCAUAGUUUUGAUUAACUUAUGGUUAUUUCAGAAUCUCUCCUUUAACAUGUCUGAAAGAAACAAUACAUUGCUUAAAACGGAAAGGAGCUAACUGCAAGGUUAGAUAUCCUGCCUCUACGAUUAUACUCAAUCCACGCCUUUUCAGUACCAACCAAUGAUAAUGAGUUUAUUUUACGUAUUGGUAAUUUUUUGUUGGUCAGGGCUGAAGGCAGAGAUCAAGCUAUGUGCUUAUAAUAAGGACGAUUAAAUUAUUUUCUUUUUUCUGAUCAAAUUAAAAUUUGAUCAGUAAGUGCACACAUUUGUGGAAUUUUAGCAGUGUUACUGUAAACAAUAAAAACUACUGUAUCAUUAUUUUAGCAGCCACAAUAACCCUUACAAAAUCCUUUAAUAUCUCCAUAUCUUGCUAUAUAUAACUUAAUUAACUUCAUGUGUGGCGUUUUCUCAUAAUCAUUAAUUGGUACUGUAAAAAAAAAAGCAUGGAUUGAAAAUAAUCAUAACAGAAACGCGGAUGCAUUGACUUAAUAGCUUGAAGCAUAUUCAGAAAGACAUAAACUCGCAUUUCCAUCUAUAAACUUAGCAAAAAGAAAAUUCUUCCAUUUCCUUAAAGAACCUAUGCCAAGACUGGGAUCACUUUUAACAUCUUGUAGUUCAAGAUAGGGAAUUUUAAGGGGCAUUUAUCUAUUUACAUUUUCUUAUAAAUUAAUUACUUGUUGUCUAUCGUAAUGUUUUGGUUUACCUUUAUUACGUAGGUGCUUAAUAUGUGUUAUGAAACGUGCCUUUACAUUUCAUUACGUUUAUAGCAGUGCUGGUCCUGAAGGCUGCAGGAGCGAGUAAAUAAAUAAGCAAUGCAGAGGAAGCAAAUAACAGACUGGCGACACUAUGGUGUUGGUUUGUGUAGAACCAGGUUUGUGGUGGUUAAGACCGUUUCUAAGGAAGUGACGCAUUCCCUUUUCUCGUGCAGAGGCGCAUGCGAUCUUCAGUCUAUGCUAGGCGGGCGCUGACAAGUGAAAACAUGAGAACUGCAGAACAAAAUUAUUACUCGAGUGGCAAUGCAUUUAAAUAAUUUUUCACUUUGCGCCCUGGGCAGUUGCCCCGCUCGGUGACCCCUAGUUAUGGCUCUGACAUAUUUAUUUGGGGAGGUAACAAUUAAUGAUUGAAUUAGCUAUGUUUUGGUAUUGCUAUUGUAAAACCACUAGAUAAUACCAAAAAAUGAGAUGCAAAUAGAUAUGCUAUGAGCAUUUGGAUUGAAGCUGUACUUUUGGAUUAUAUUAUAUGUAUUAAACAGAUUCUAAAGACUGUCAUUCUUUUGGUGAAUAGCAACAUUCCAUUGAAACAGUUAUUUUAACAAAAAAAACUAAAAAGGUUUUUAGUUUUAAAAUUUGAUUAGAUUUUUGUUGUUACAUUAGAACUUUGAAUCAAUAUUUGGCCACUCAGGACUAGUACUGACUGCAUUUGAUAUAUUAUUUGAAUAUACACGGUAGACGUCAUCAAGCAUUGUAUUGGGUAUUUUCUAUAGACAUUUAAUGUUAAGGUUUGAGGUAGAAUAAUAGCAGCACUACGUUAUAAUGUAUGAUGUAUGGUUACAUUUUAGAGAAACAUCUAGCUUUGUGAAAGACUGCAGUUUAAAAGAGCUCUGUUAUUUUGAAGAUGUGUAAAACUUAGAAACCUGUUGUCAGAAAACAUUGCAAAACAAGUUUUUCAACUUCUUUUCUUUAAAUACCUUCAACUCUUACCUUUGUGACUUGAUUGGAAACGUUACAAGCACAUUACAAUACAGUAUGUGCUUCGUAGAGUAAGUCUCCCCUGAAUGGGUGUAGUCUAUGCAUUUUCAUUCUUAAAGCCCGUCUAGAUUAGGGCAUUUAAGAAUGAACCUUUUCAAAUUUAACCAUGUUGCGUAGAAUGUGUAGGGCUUUAAAUUUAAACAACACCUAAGUGUAAGCCUGCUAAAUGGUUGCCUAUUUAAAAAUAUAUAUAUAUUUUGUAUAUUUAUUUUAAAGUAACCUAUUAAGGCUAUUAAAUUGUAAAGGCAAUCGUUAAACAAAUCUAUCUUUUUAUAAUAUUUCCUUUGACAUAGUAUAGGUUUCCUCAUAACCUCACAGCUUUUUACUAACAUGUUAUGUGACCUAUAAUUUUCUAGUUAUGUCAUUUAAUAGCAGCGGCAUAAGCUGUGUGAUAGACCACUUGUUAGUGCAGAAAUGUGCUUGAGAGUUCAGUUAUACUGAAAAAAAUCUUCAUAAUUUCUAGAAACUGAAUUAAAUCACUUUUUUAAGAAAAAUAAAGCAGUGACAUUUCUCCAUGAGUGAUCCAGUAAAAUGUGAUGUCUCUAAUAAAUCAUUAAGCUUGUCACGUACAUUCUAGCUUUGUAUGUUAAUCCAUGUGGGUGUUCUGUAUGUAGAAAUUGCUUGCCACUGACAGAAGAAUAAAGCCCAUGCCAUUUAAA